GCAUUCCUGAUCCCAUACAUAAUAUUCCUGAUAUUUGGAGGCAUUCCCGUACUAUUCUUAGAGACAGCAAUUGGCCAAUACUUCCGAAACGGCGGUAUAUCCGUCUGGCAAUUGAUUUGUCCCAUCUCUAAGGGGAUAGGCAUCGGCACAAUAGUCGUCUCAUCAAUAGUCAAUUGCUAUUAUAUCGUAAUAAUAAGCUGGGCUCUUUUAUACCUAUACUACUCAUUCUCGUGGGUCCUUCCCUGGUCUACGUGUGAUAACGCGUGGAAUACAGCGAGAUGUUGGUCCCCACACACCAACACUACAGCCAAUGAACAGUCUGUCAAUUCUGUCGUUGAAUUCUGGGAGAGGAAAAUAAUCCAGAUAAGUGAAGGCAUCGACCAUCCGGAUGGCAUACAAUACGAGUUGGCGUUGACUUUAUUGAUAGCGUGGGUCUUAUGCUUCUUCUGCAUCUGGAGAGGCAUCAAAUCGACGGGAAAGGCAGCCUAUGUUACCGCUAUAUUCCCAUACUUUGUUAUGACGGCGCUAUUCAUUCGCGGCAUAACUCUUCCCGGAGCCGGGGAUGGCAUUAAAUUUUAUUUAUUACCCGAUAUGAGUCGUCUAUUAGAAGUCCAGGUGUGGAUAGACGCCGGCACUCAGAUAUUCUUCUCGUACGCCAUAGCAAUGGGAUGUAUGACAUCACUCGGCAGUUAUAAUGACUUUCACAAUGACUUCUAUCAUCAACUAUUUUUCUUGUGUUGCAUGAACUCCGGGACUUCAAUAUACGCCGGGUUCGCCAUAUUCUCAGUGCUGGGGUUCAUGGCUCACGAACAGGGCCUCACAGUGGGUCAGGUGGCAGAGUCCGGGCCAGGACUGGCAUUUAUAGCCUACCCGCGAGCCGUGGCCCAAAUGCCGGGCUCAACCAUUUGGGCGAUUCUGUUCUUUGUGAUGAUCCUGCUGUUAGGUCUGGGCAGUCAGUUUGUGGGGGUGGAGGGGUUCAUCACAUCCGUGGUUGAUAUAUAUCCA